CAUUGCACUAUUUGGCUUCAACUCAGAUCGAUUCCUCUAGAUCAGAGGACUGUUUUCUUAAAUGAAGCGAUCAACAGCAGAUUGGUGAAAUAAAGAAUAAAAAGCAGAGAGACUAUUUGAUCGAAUCCAACGCAUUUGUUUGGAUACAACAACAAUCAAGAUAGACUGAAGCCAGAGUAAAUCAAGUUGUUUUCUGCUGAUUUUUUUUUCAAAAUGGAAUACACAUCAGAUCAACUGMACUUCUUCAGGCUGUCUUAUAUCGUCUUCGACAUCGUACCUGAAGUUUUACGAAAGAUUUUCAAGCAAGAAUGGGAUGCCUUAUACAAAGGUACGCCUGGUCAGUGGGAUGACACGCCUACCAGUUAUACUGCAUUUUAUAACAUGGAGUCAGCUAAGAAUCAGGCAAGAAACAAACGCCUUCUUGAACUGAUGUCCAGUGGAGACAGAAACAAUUGGGAUUGUACUUGUCUCUUUUAUGCCAUACUUUACUCAGACAGUGUGGGGCCGACAUUAACAUCAGUGGUCAGUAAUGGCGUUGACGAAAUCCGAGAAAUUCGCAAUGAAWUGGCACACAAUAAAACGGGAAAGAUGAGCGAAGCUGAGUUUCAAAAGUCCAUAAAAAAGAUCAAGUUAGCGUUCUCAUGUUUAAAGGUUGAUAUAACAAGAAUUGAAGAAAUCAAAAACCAGACGUGUUUCCCUACAGAAGACCUUUCAAGAAUUCAAAAGGAACUACAAAACGUCGAAAAAGAGUUACAAGUCGAAAAGAAACGAAAAGAGAACGCCGAAAAAGAGUUAGAAGACGAAAAAAAACGCAACGCCGAACCAAACUCUUUUUGUAUAUUGCCUCCGCACCCCUCCCAUGACACAAUAUACAGAAAGAAAGAAGUCGACAGUAUCUGCGAAUCGAUGCAACGGUUAUCAAGUGAAAACCAGGGAGAGACGACAGUCGUUUAUUUGUCUGGGAAUCCAGGUUGUGGGAAAAGCGUGAUGGCAAAACAUAUUGGRGAGAAGUGCUACGAUCGCGAUGACACGACAGAAACAUUGAAGUUUGUGAUGACACUUGAUGCGUCAACCUUGGACACUUUGCUGAAUUCAUACAUGAUGUUUGCACAGAAACUGAACUGUUAUCCUGAUUCUAUUACGAGUAUUACUACUUCAAAAGAUCUUUCCAAAGAAGAACAAAUCCUCCAACUAAGGUUUCUUGUCGAUAAACAAGUUGCCAAGUAUUCGAAAUGGUUGGUCAUUGCAGACAAUGUAACUGAUUUAAAAUUGUUUUCCAAGUACUGGCCACAAGGUGGAGAGAAGACUGGUGGCGAGGGUCAGACUCUUGUCACCACCCAAGACAGUUCCUCCAUUGGUGUUAGCUUAAGCUCGCACUAUCAUCAUGUCUCCAUGAGGUCUGGUAUGAUAGAAGAGGAUGCCCUUGAACUACUUUCUAAGGUAUCUGGGUAUACAGAUGGAGAACACAGCUUAAUUGUGAAAGUAUGCAAAGCCUUAGACUUUCAGCCGCUUGCUUUAUCGUGUACGGCAGUUUACGUGCGCAGUGUCCGCACCAUUAACGAACAAUAUACGUGGCUUCAAUGUCUGACGGAUCUGGAGAGUGAGCGUGAAAAGCUAGAAACAGUUUACAAGAAAACGAGUUUGGCGUACAAAGCAACAAUGACUGCUGCAGUGAAUCUAGGCAUCCAGAGAGAGAUUAGUGAAGAGGUUAUGCUGCAUGCAUUUCGUUUCUUAUCUUURAUUGCAUCAGAUCCMAUCCCUUUAAAGUAUGUCGUGGAGUAUGUUGUUAAGUGUAUGCCUGACGAAGACAAGAAUGGGGUYGCUGUGCGAAUUUGUUCGUCGUCAAUGGUAUGCUCAUCAUUUGUUCAGGAAACAAAGGAAAUUAGCAUGCAUCAAGUGGUUUACCACUGUUUGCAAAAGCAUGAAAAACUAAGGGAAAGUACUGUGGACAUGUUUACGGUGAUUUCUGCAUUCUCUGAGAUUCCARUCAUUAAUGAUGAAUGUCCAGUUGAUGGUUUGACCGUUACAAAGCCACUAGUAAACCACUUUUUAAAUGUUUCGAAAAAACUAAUCGACUACGUCGUCACUAAAGAGUCUACAAGUGAACGUGUGCUAGAGGACCAUUUGUGCAGUGUUCUGAACCGUUUAGCCUCAGUUUUAUCCGAGCACGUCAGUUUAGAGAGCGCAAAGGACUUUUUACAGGUAGUUUUAGCAUUGGAAAUGUCGAGGUCUAUAUUGUCAAAAGCAAAAGAAGUAUUGAUUGUUUUAAUGGGUACCAAUCAUGUCGAAUAUAUUUCAAAUAUAAACAUUAACGGCAUCUCUCCAUCAGUGGGCAUUGCCAUGAACAACUUAGGCAAUGCAUAUCAAAAACUAGGUCGACUGGAGGAAUCGAUAACAUAUUACGAGAAAGCCCUUGCAAUCAAAACAGCUGUGUACGGUGGAAACCAUCCAUCGGUGGGCGAUACCAUGAACAACUUAGGCAAUGCAUAUCAAGAACUAGGUCGACUGGAGGAAUCGAUAACAUAUUACGAGAAAGCCCUUGCAAUCAAAACAGCUGUGUACGGUGAUUAUAUUUAA